AUGCCGCAGGGAAGACAGUCGCUAUUCUCCAAAGAAGAGUUGGAGUUUCUCAAUUCCCAGGUCGGGGACUUCGAGGCUGCUCAGGUUCACAAGCGAAUCUCCCAAUGGUUCCCGAAAGCUGAGCGGGACUUCCUCGACAAGUUCCCACUACCAGCUGGAGAAGACGCAGCAAAGGCUAGGGUGCGAUAUCAAAAAUGGUUCUAUAACCGGAAGCAAGGCAACGCAAAGCUGGAUCGUGUUGCCUUGCGAGGCACACUGGCUGCCACCAUCUUCAAAUCUCUGAAACCAAAGGGAAGGCGUCGGCAGCGUAUAGAGCUGUUUCAGCAGCAGAAUGCUGGUGAAGUCAAGGCAGCGUUGGAAUCAGCCACCCGGGGAGAGCUAUUGGGUUUUGAAUUGGAACCCGAAGAGGCUAGCGGCGAGUCAGAGAAUGAAUUGAGCAGCCAGGGGAUUCUCAAAUCAGCUCUGUCCAAAAAGCGUGCACGGGAUAUGGGGCUCCGUCGUAAAGUUGUUCAAUUCCUGUACGAACAGGCGAGCGAGGAGCAGAAAAGCAAGGUAGAAAAGGCUUACGAAGAGCAGGGAGGUAACGAGGCGAAUACCCCAUGCGAGCUGCCUGUUGAGAAGAGGAAGCCGGAGCAGAUCCAGGAGGGAAUCGACCAGCUCGAUAAAAUAUUUGCCGAGGUGCUUGAUGGGGUUGAGCGGAUGACUGGCUGGCGCGGUAUCGUGCUUGUAGGCGGACCAAUGCCGUCUUUUCAGGGCAAGAUUGCAACAAAGACAAUCACCACAGGGAUUCAAGGCACAGGCCAGCAACCGCUAAAUAAGUCCUUGGUCAUGUGGGAUGAUGUGUUAAAGGGCACAGGGGAAUGGCUGCGUCGAGGAUUUGAUCCAGAAACACGUGCCGCAUGGGCGCUUACUGCUUCCAGCCCGCUCACUCAUGCCUUGGACGGCGACCUGAUCACUCAUCUGGAUGUAGAAAAAACCAACAACAGCGACGGAAACGGCAGCGCUGACGGUGCAAGUGGCCAACAUGGCCUAGCGGUGGCAGAUCCUACAUCUUUGAAUGCGUCUCAGACUUGUGAGGAUCCCGCACAUGCAGAAGCAACGCCGCCAUCUCUGUCAAUGUCUAUGGAGACAGAUGGGUCUCAAGCGCUUGAAAACGCCUUAGAUGUGGGCUUGGAUGCUGAUUUCGGCCUGGAUCCAUUUCUCUGGGAUUUUGAUCGCGUGUUGGGCAAUGAUCAAAUGGGGAAUGCUGAUACCGAGGUUGAACAGAACACAGGGUGGAUGGGUCAGGGCGUUGGUAUGGGAGUUAGUGCUGGUGCCAGCUUGAGUGGGGGGUGGGUGUCAGAUGGAUGUGAUACGCAGUCAGGUUUCAGUGCCUCCUCACCCUACCCUCUGCGACCACUAUCAUCAGGUCCUGCCUCGCCGGCAGCAGAGUCUGUGGGCGCUUUUCCUCGACCAUCUACUCCACCAGCGCUUCUUCUGCCAUCUGGGCUACCAUCUGUGCAGCCGUCAGUCUCAUCUGGCACAGCUUCCACUGACAAGUUGUGGUCACCAACUGUCCCAAGCACGUGGCCGACGCCCGCCUCAAACCACGGCGCAUUGCUUAUGUUGCCUUCCAGACAAAACUCAUCAGGAUCUGCGCUUCUUGGCAUCAGCGCUGUUGGCAUCAGCGCCGAUCCUUCCAUGAUCAUGACACCGACCGCCAUAGCUCCCGGGGUCACGACACCAGCUCCAGUGGCUCCGGACCUUUCUUCGACAAACUACCCAGAGUCACGCCCAAAGGUUAACGCUCCAAAGGCUGCGAGGGCCCCAAAGGCUCCCGUGCUUGAUGCGGGAGAUCUUUCUGUCGAAACACCGGGAUUUGGUGGACAGGGAGGCGGAGAUGGCAAAGGUGCCAGUGGGAGACAACAUGGGCGGGGUGGCGGUCGUGGCCGCAGCAGCGGACGUGGCCGGGGUGCACCGAAACACGCAACCUCGCGGGACGUUGGUACUGUAAACCCGAUCCCGGACCCCAAUGAAGAGUGCCCGCUGGAUUUCCAACCUGACUAUCAUCAUGGGUCCGGAGGUGGGGGGUGCAACAGACCACAAGGUAGUUCCAGUCAGCCUAAGCCAAAGCAACGCGCAACGGUCAUUGCUAACAAUCCGGCCGUUGAAGUUCCUGCGACCCGCCAUUGCAAGAAGGCGGUGACUUGGGGAGAGCCGAUGACCGUCGCUCAACGCCAGGCUGAGCAGUACAUGCGAAAUGAGGAGCUCGAAUUGCUCAACAGCGGCAGAAGUCGGAAACGAGCUGGAGGUGCUGAGCCUACCGCUGAUCCGAAGCGUAAAAAGAGGUAGUGUUAUAGAUAUUAUCACAUAGCUUCGGAGGCACUUGGUUUCGAUGCAAUGAUUG